AUGCAGUUUUCACCCCUAAUUCUUUCCAUAUCACUGCUUGCCUUCGAGGCCACCAGCGUCGCUGCCCAGGGCUGGUGCAAAGUCAGCAUUUUCAAGCGUCAGAGGCAUCGCAAUGAUAAAGAGAUCCAGAGCGUGUAUGUUGAAACCAACAAAGAAGCUUUUUGGACAUUCAACGGGGAGAAAAUUAAAAUCAAAGCAGAUGAUACCUGCGGAAGUGUUAGUCUGCUCUCCGGAGUGAUGGAUGAAACUAAAUAUGAACUAGUGGGCGAGCCUCACCCCAUCACGACUUGUACCUAA